AUGAAUUUUGUGGAUGAAAUUUGGAAAUAUGUUGAUUUUCAGAUGGAGGGGAUUAUAUAUGAAUGUUCUAGUCUUUAUAGUGGUCUAAUUCAAGAAUCAUUAAAUGCCGCAAUAUUUGACAUUGAAUCUUUAUGUUGUGCAUGUCAUAAAAUACACGAAAAGGUGUUUGUUCCAGAAAUUGUUGAAACUUCUCUUGCUCAAGGAAAACCAACAGAUCAGCAAAUACAUUCAUGGUUUUAUUUCAACCCCAAACAAGCUAUUUGUUGUCCUGUUUCGCCGGUGCCAACCGUGGACACGAAUGUGAAAGAAGAAGUUUUAGAACAGGAGGAAACUGAAAAGGCGCCAGAAAAUGUUGAAAUAUUGAGAAAUUUGUUGGAAAAUCGUGUUAAGAAUAGAGAAUUAGACGAUGCUCUUAGCAUUAUAAACAAGUUGAUUGAGCUGGAGCCUGAUGAGAUCGAAUGGCGUUUCUUGAAAUCUCAUUUGUAUGUUCAUAAUGGGGAGAUUGAAUUAGCUAAAUUGGGUUUUAGAGAUGUUAUAUUAAAGGAUCCUUAUUACGUAGAGGCGUAUCGCGGGCUGGUUGUGGCAGCAUCGGAAGAUGAGUCCGUGGAGGAAAUGAAGAAAAUUGAGAAACAGGUUAUGGAGGGGAUUAACAUGUGUGAGAAGGAGGAGAAAGAGAGUGAGUUGAGGGAUUUAAAGCUUAUUCUUGCACAAAUAUGGGUUAUUGGAGGUAAAUAUGAUGAAGCAUUGAAGGUCUAUCAAGAGUUAGUGGAUGAGGAGCCAGGGGAUUUUAGGCCUUACUUGUGUCAAGGCAUGAUAUAUACCGCGUUGAAGAAGAACGACGAGGCUGAGAAGUAUUUCGAGAAGUAUCGAGGACUGGUGCCACAAGAUCAUACUAAUGCUAGAUUCGAGUUUAUGAUGGCGACUUGA